AUGUUUCAUCUCAGUUUUGGGCAUUCUUUCGCCGAGCUCGUGGCACUGAUCCUACUCCCCGGGCUUGCUUUUUAUCUUCUCAAUAAGAAGAAAGCCAGUGCACGUAGAAAUGAAGAAGAUGCUGGUACUGGCGCACCUGGUUCGAUGCCUACGCCGACAGAAGCUAAUUCUGAUGGAUCUAGUCCGUCUCCGACAGCAACGACUUCCGGUGGAUUUAGUUCAUCUUCUACAGAAACUCAAUCCGGUGGAUGUAGUUCGUCUCCGACAGAAAUUAAUAACGGCGCGUCUAGUUCAUCUCCGACAGAAACUAACAACGGUGCAUCUAGUUCGUUGACCGCAACUACUGGAAACCGCUAUGAGGUGUUCUUAAUCUUCAGAGGCCCAGAUACUCGAUACGGCUUCACCGAUCACCUCUACCACGGGCUCCUCAACGCCGGAAUUGACACUUUCAGAGAUGAUGAUGAGCUCUGUCAAGGCCAGGACAUCAGACCGGCGCUUGUGGCAGCCAUCACGGAUAGUAAGAUCCUGAUCCCCAUUUUCUCCGAGAGUUAUGGGACAAGUGAUUGGUGCCUGGAUGAACUGGUUCAGAUGAUGGAGCGCAAGAAUAAUAACGGGCAGAUUGUGUUGCCUGUAUUUUACAAAGUGAAACCAUAUGACGUGGGCCAUCAAAUCGGGAGGUUUGGAGACGCAUUUCUUGAGCGUGAGGGGCGCUUGCUUAAGAGGGGUUUCGACCCAACGAUUUUGGAGAAUCGGAAGAAAGCACUCCUUGAAGUCAGCACCUUGAGUGGACACGAAGCUGAUGGGUAUGAGGCAAACUUGGUGAAAUCGAUUGUCCGAAAUGUGUUGAGCGAACUGAAGAGAAAGUUUGAGUUGGAUAUUUCUAAGAAUUUAGUCGGACUUGAUAGUCAUGUGAACCAUGUUAUGGAACGUGUGAGUAAAUCCCAUGCCACCCUAUUUGUUGGCAUCCAUGGAAUGGGAGGCAUUGGUAAGACUACUCUUGCUAAAGUCAUCUACAACAAGCUUUCCAAUCAAUUUGAGCACCGUAGCUUCCUUGCUGAUAUAAGGGAAUCAUGGAAGUGUAAUGGCGUACAUUACUUACAGAAUCAAUUAAUCUAUGAUAUAUUGAAGCGCGAAAAUGAAGUUCAUAGUGAGAAUGAAGGGACUAAGUUCAUCUCCUCCAAGUUUAAAGGUAAAAAGGUCCUUGUUCUUCUCGAUGAUGUGGAUGAUGUUGUUCGGGUGAAGUGUUUGGCCGGUAAACGCGACUGGUUUUCUUCGGGAAGUAAGAUCAUUAUUACUACCGGAAACGAGAAGAUUCUUAAAGAAGUUGGUGUGGACUAUGCCUAUAAACAUGAGGAAAUGGAUAACGACCAAGCUUUGAUUCUUUUUAGCCAACAUGCAUUCCGAAGGCACCCUCCUCCAAGGAAAUUUAAGGACCUCACUCAUGAAGCUGUAUCCAUCAUCGGAGGGCUUCCCUUAUCUCUUGAGGUUUUAGGCUCAUUAUUGUGCGGAGAAGAGCUAGAACUCUGGAGAGGUACAAUAGACAAGUUAAAAAAAGUGCCUCCUAAGAAAGUGCGAGAAAAGCUACGGAUAAGUUAUGAUGUAUUAGAAGAUGAACAAAAGCAAAUAUUUUUGGAUAUUGCUUGUUUUUUCAUUGGCACUGACCGGAGAACCGCAUCCUACAUGUGGGAUGCCUGUCGCUUUUUCCCCGAGGAGGGAAUUGAAGUAUUGAGGUUCAUGUCAUUAAUAAAAAUUGACGAUGAUCAUAGGCUUCGAAUGCAUGACCAAGCGAGAGAUCUUGGUAGGGAAAUAGUUCGCGAAGAAAACCAGUGGCUUGAGAAUCGUAGCAGGUUAUGGGACUCUGAGGAAAUCGGGAAAGUGCUAAAGCAAAAUAAGGGAACGGAAAAGAUUCAAGCCAUUUAUCUGAGCAAAAGCAGCUCAGAAGGCUCCUGCAAAAUAGCUAUGGGAGAUUUUAAGGACUCGGUUGACGAGUUAAAAUGGCUUCAAUGGGAAAACUGUCCCACGAAUUUUGAAGUGGACAAUUUUCACGCAACAGAAUUAGUUGUACUGGAAUUGCCACAGAGCAAGAUAAAUGAAGCAUGGGAAGGAUGGAGUUCUUUCAAGCAAAUCGACUCUUCAAUUGGAGGCAUGAAGGCCCUCCUUUGCUUGGAGUUGCGCGCUUGUGAGAGCCUCACGAAGCUUCCAGCAGAAAUAGGUGAAUUAAAGGCGCUGGAGCAACUCCUCCCGAAUAAUACUCGUGUCCUUUCCGCAUUACCAGAAAGCAUACUUCGAGUGUUACGUGCUUCACAUUGCGAAAAUAUGGAAGUCAAAAUGCCAGAAAGCAUAGGGUCUUUGGAGAAUCUAGAAAUUCUAGAUAUUUCUUGCACCGGUAUAAAAAAUUUACCCAAUGAUAUUGGGAGGCUGAGACAGCUCCGAGUUAUAAAAGCUUCUUAUUGCAAAAAUCUAGAAGGGGAAAUGCCAGAAAGCAUGUGCAAUCUUUCAUCCCUACAACACCUUGAUUUUCAUGGCUGCAAGAAGCUCCAAAGGCUGCCGGACCUUCCUUCCAGGUUAACAUAUUUGGGCGUCACCUAUCAAAGUCGCAUAUUGCCUUCACUCUCCCACCUAGCCCGUCUCAAGAAGCUAAGACUCAUCCACCGUCAAUUUCUCCAGUGCAUCCCGGAGCUUCCACCAACAAUACUAAAGGAUUCAGAAUGCUCUCAACAAGCGACGGGUGUUGAAGAAUCAGAAUUACCACAAUCCCCGGACACUCCCUUCAAGUUGGAAGACUUGGCGGUCACUUUUUGUGAAUCUAUUGAAAUAUUGGACGUUUCGCAGUUAAUCCAUCUAAGGGCAUUAUUUGUCGAUCGUUGCUGGAAUUUACUUGAAGUUCGAGGUCUUGAUAGAUUGAAAUAUUUGGAACGCCCGACUAUCAUGUUACGCAAUUCACGGCUGGACCUUCCACGGUUCGGAGGUCCGAAGGAAUUGGAUGUUCGUGAUUGCAAAAAUUUAGUCGAAAUUCAAGGUCUCGAUACGUUGAUGUUCUUGGAAGAGCUGAGCAUCUCCGAGUGCGCUUCAAUUGAAAGUCUGCUUCUUCCAAAAUCCGGGAGUUUGAAGAAAUUGGAGGCUACAUUGUGCAUGAACUUAUCCAAAAUUCAUGGCCUUGAUGGGUUGGACUUCUUGGAAAGUUUCUAUCUCUUUGAGUGCGCUUCACUUGAGGAGUUACACCUUCCAAAAUCUGGUCGCUUGAAAGCAUUAGGUGUUACUGGUUGCGAAAUGUUAGUUCAAAUUCAAGGUCUCGAUAGGUCGGAGUUCUUGGAAUGGCUGGGUAUGUUCAAGUGCACUUCAAUUGAAAAGCUAUACCUUCCAAAAUCCGAUAGUCUGAAGAAAUUUUAUGCUAAACGUUGCGAAAACUUGGUCGAAAUUCAUGGCCUUGGUAGGCUGGAGUUCUUGGAAAAGUUGAAUAUCAGUAGGUGCGCUUCAAUUGACGGGCUAGAACUUCCAGAAUCCGAUCAUCUGAAGAUAUUAAAUGCUGGAUAUUGCAAAAGCUUAGCCGAAAUUCAUGGCCUUGAUAGGCUGGAGUUCUUAGAAAAGUUGAAUCUCACUGGGUGCGCUUCAAUUGAAAGGUUACCAAUUUUAUGUUGCUUUGACACCUUGAGAUGGUUGAGUAUCAAUGGCUGUGACAUGCUUCAGGAUAUUCAGAGCCUAGAGGGAUUCCCAUCCUGCGAAAGUCUAUGGAUUGAAGAUUGCCGGUUCUUAGCAGAAUUACCAAACUUGUCAAAUUUUCUUAAUUUACAAAAAUUGUUCCUGUCCAACUGUCAUGAACUUCGGGAGAUCCCGGGGCUUGAAAAGUCAAUAUCUCAAGAAUGUAUUGCUAUCUCGGGAUGUUCCUCGAUCGAGAUCUUACCGGAUUUGUCGUCAUGUACCCGCUUGAUGAGUCCGAUUGUGCAAGAUUGCCAAAAAUUGACUGAGCUUCAAGGGCUCGAGAAAUUGGAGCAACUAGUGGAAUUGGACAUUUCUGGAUGCAAGUCACUCGAAACAAUUCCAAAAUUAUCUGGAACGGGACUUUAUCAGAAUUGCGAGAAAAAGCCAUUUGACUCAGAUGAUCCUAGAGUGAUACAAUUUGGAUUUUCACAUGUUGACUCAGAUGACUCGGAUGACUCAAAUUACUAG